AUGGGAAUCAAGCCCUAUCAUCUCACGCACAAGGAUGGGAAGAAGAUCAGAGGAGAUAGGGCACACACAGGGAAUCUCAUGCCUCUCCUUGAGCAGCUCCAAGCCUACAAGGUCACAGCUUACAACACUAGGCACCAAAGAGGAAGAAAGCUUAGUGUUGGAGGGGUGAUCACACCAAUUCUUUGUGCAGCUGGAGUCAACUGGACAAGAGAAGGUCUACUCCACCAGGUUGGAUGGACAUCAAGUUUUGCAAGACCAACCUCCUCAUUGAGCACAAGGAGUUGGAUGGGAGAUUCCAAUUCAAGUUCACCCACCCCAUUGGCUGGACUCUCCAAGCUUCUCCUGCCCAACCCUGAGCUCACCACGAAGAAGAGAUCGAGCUCGAUCGAGCUGAGGAUCGAGCUGAGGCUCAAGCUGAAGAUGGAGUGCAGGAACGCUGACUUGGGUGAGCCUGAGUGCUACUACUUUGAGGAGUAUGAGGCUCCAAGGAUGAACCCCUCUGUUGUGGCUGCCCACAAGAGGAUUGGACUUCUCCAAAAGUUCAACAAGUGGCAAGGGAAAGCCAUGGAGAAGAUGCAAAAGUCCAUGGACAAGAUGGUGAGCAAGAUCAAGAGCUUGGAGAAGAAAGUUUCUGGUUCUUCAAGCAAGAAAAGAAGGCACCCAAGGCCCCACUUUCCCUAG